AGUCGCAAUUUACACACUGUACCGCUAUAGUGGAUCAUCCGGUUUUUAAUUGUGAAUAAAAAGUGCUAGUAGCUGACUGAUCGUAUCAACGACUUAGCGAGACAGAGCGCGUGCGGACACUCGGGAAACAUUCAGCUAAUCUGGUUCUUGUAAAGCACAGAUAAUCGUGCAGAGUGGUGAAUAUCUUUGUUGUGAGCAAUAUGAUUCUGUGUUUUGCUAUCACUUGCCUUUACCGCCACCAAAGCACAAGUACGUUAAUGCGAAUCAUAUCAUACGAUAACGGUAUCUUUGGCCGGUUAACUGAUAAAUUGAAAGCAGAUACCAUCAAGUGAAGGAAGUGCGAUCUUGCGUAUAACACUAAACAGGUUUUGAGAAACCGACCAACAGCAACUAUUGGGACGGAAUCGAAGCAUAACGUCUUAUCAACGAAUAGAGCGGAAAGAGCAAAGUUCGAGCGCGAUUAUCUGGCAUGUCGUGGUUUUAUAUCACUAGCCACGUGGUGCGUGGAGCUGCGUGAUAAUUGAUCUAGAGUUGGAUCGUUUAGUGAACAAAGUGAAUAAAGCUGAAGCAAUGGUCAGUUUUCAGCAAAAACAAGGAGAUGUGACGUUAGACAUGGAUCCGCCCAAACGGAAGCAGUUGCGAAAGGAGCGCGAAGAGCUUCAGAAAAAACUAAACGCCGAGUUGAAAGAACACGUGGGCAAGAACCCAACAAUAGAGACAAAUGUGGCAAACCUUGUUUAUUUCUUGAACAAUCAACAAUGGAACCAGCUGGAGGAGCUAGUGCAGACUACUCGGGCAUUUGAUUCACCAACCGAGUUUUCGCCACCACUCCCGAAAAUCAUUAGCUACAAACAGGUGAAUGCGGUGGAACAUCUGUUUCAGAAUCCCACCGGCCAGCUGAAUUAUCUGCAGCUUCUGAUUACGCAUUUUGAAAUUGAAAACGUGCUAUUCGGGAAAGACAGAAACGCUCCAAUCCAUUACGCUGUAGAGGCGCUUGACGAGGAGUUUUUAGAUUGGUUACUCCGUCGUGAAGAUGCUCACGGAGGUUCUCUUAUCAACGUUAACUUACGGAACAAGGACAAAAAGACGGCGUUGUACAUGUUGUGCGAGAAGUACGAUAAAAGCAAUUUGACGAGCCAAAAACGUGAGAUAUUAAUCAAACUAAUUGAUCGACUGGUGGUAGCCGGUGCUGAUUUUAACAUUUAUAGCAGUCCAAAACAGUUGCCUUUCGAUCUGUUGCUGAAACACUACGACGACGAUAUUGCUAUAAAGCAAUUGGUGGAUCGCAUUGAUUCACAAUCGAAUCGUGCAAUCGCCUACAGCGUUUGUCGACAGAAUGGAUCAAACGAACGUCUUGUCAAUUUUUUUGAUAGAGCAGGAAAUAGAGAAGUGCACGUUACACCGGAACUGCUAGAGUUGUUUCUGCAGUUCGAUGAUUUGAAUAACUUCGAUCAACAUUGGGCUGCAUUUUCAGUGGAUCAAAAUAAUGUAAAGAAGGUGAUCGAGCUGGUGCUGCAGGUUGCAGUUGCGCGAAAAUUGAGCAAUAUCGUUCGCCGGAUUGUUGAUAGUGCAGGUUGGAUGAUAUUUGCCAUUCGCGAGGGGAAUCCUGAGCUCGAACAUCGUUUCGAGUUAAAGGGAUUGCUGCUGAGUGCGGCACAAGCGGGCAACCUUGAGAUCAUCGAGCUGCUCAUGCCAAUGAUCGAAGGCGAUCACGAACUGGUGAACUAUAAUCCUGUACUGGCUCAGACGCUAGAAAAGGCACAUUCCACCAGGCAAAAAAAGAAUGAAAUUGAUAAAUUUUUAAAUUGCGCCAAAUAUCUUAUUGAAUGUAACGCAGUAUCCCUGCACAAAACCACGAACAGCGGAAACACACCUCUGCAUCUGGCGGUAAAGUAUGGUUACGAUGAGGUGGUGGUCGCUCUGCUCGAAAACGGGUGUGGAUCGCUGGGUGUGUGCAAUCAAGCUAACCUGACUCCGUUGGAAUGUGGAACGCGUAGUUUCUGGAAAGCGUGCUUCGACAAGUUCAUCAAGGGAGACAGUUCCAAACAGGAUUGGAAAUCAAUAGACUUCGAAACGAACUGCUUUCAGUCACCAGAUAUUGACAGCAAUGCUACGGCCACGCAUGCGGGUUGGAAAAAAUUUAAUCCCAUUCGAAGUGCAUCGCAAGCGAGUGUGCGUCCUGAGGAGCGGGUUGUCGUCACCGAGAUGACUCCCCUGCGUAGGAUGGCAGAGUCCAAAGAGUUGAAGCGCUUGCUUACGCACCCCGUUAUCUACGCGUUUGUGAUGGUGAAAUGGGUUCGACUGAGCACCUUACAUUUGCUAAACUUGCUUCUUACGAUGGUCACAAUCGGUAGCUUCGGCUGGUAUUCGCUGAGCGUCUGCAAUGUUGUUGAUCUUCACAGUAGCCUGCAUUACUUUUUGAAGUUUCUUAUAAUUUUAGUAAGCAUACUAACGCUGCUUCGCGAAGGGAUACAAAUGUAUCUGCUACCUCGAUCAUAUGCGACGCUCGAGAACUUGGUUGAUAUCAGCAACAUCGUCGCUAUUGUCGUUAUUGUUUUUUUUCGCGGUUGCGAUCCAAUUCUGUCCUCGCUAGUGUUGCUGGUCUUUUCGUUGCAAAUGGUGUUUAUAUUGAGUGCGCUACCAUUCAAACAGCUCUCUACCAUUAUGUACAUGUUUAAGACGGUAGCGGUAAACUUCAUCCAAAGCCUCUUGCUUUUCCUACCGCUGAUUUGUGCAUUCGUGUUCGCGUUCUAUCUUACGUAUAACGGCAACAAUGCGGUCACUGAGUUGAAUCGGACUUACGCGUCCAACGAAACUAGCGACGACGCUGACAACGAAACCAAAGAUGACGAGGAUUUUCACAAAUUCCGCACGGUAAUGGACGCAGUGGUUAAAACAGUGGUUAUGACAACAGGAGAAUUCGAUGCGGCAGACCUGGACCUGACUGGUGGCAAGGUUUUUCUUUUCCUCGUGUUUCUCUUCAUUGCGCCGCUGGUGAUUCUUAACCUAAUGAACGGUCUGGCAGUAAGUGACAUCCAGGCGAUCCAGGAAAAAUCCGAGUUGAUCAGCAUAAGCAAGAAGGUGAUUGAACUCGAACGCAUUGAGCGUCUGAUGGUGAGCUUGAGGCCAGAAUGGAUAAGAAGGAAAUUUCCCAAUCAAUUCUUGAAGCACCAUAGUUCAAAGAUAGGAGUACGAAUCGAUGAGUUAGGUAAGAUUUUGGUUCGUCAUAAGCAGAAAGAACAGUCCUCACUACCAAACACAGAAGGAAACGGAGUAGCUGUUCCACUACUCGAUAAUCAUUCUGACCUCAACAGUAAACCGAAUCAGAAGGACACCAACUCUCAGCCGCUGUUUCCACCGAUAUUCAGUGAAGGCACGGAUAUUGUUUUAGAUUUUGGAUUUUUGCAAUUGACCAGCUUCCUUACACUUGAUCGUACCAUAUUAGCAGAGGCAUUGUCAGUGAUUGAGGAUCGCACGGCCGUUAAACGUUGCAAGUACUGCAAACAGGAGUUAUAACGCAUCAUUUUAUCCAUAGACAAUCAUAGUUGAAUAAUACUAGUUCCUAAAAAAUUUAUAGACAUAGAGUGAAAGAAUUAAUUAGCCAACGUAGACACAAACUAGAACAAUCCUCUAAGACUCGUUGUGCCUGCCUAGGAAUAUUAAAAUGCCUCUAAUUUUCAGCCAGUACAAAACAACAGAACAUCAGAAGUGCACGCAAGACCAAUAAUAGAUAAAAUUGUUCCAUAUAUCUCUAAGAUUAACUAGAGCAUGUACAUGUCUAGGACAUAUCUAGCAAUAACAACAAAACAACAAAUAAGUAAAUAAAUAAUGUGUAUAACUGUAAAUCAGCAUUAUAGUAUGUAAUGAUAGGAUAUGUUUAAAAGCUAUCGGUAGAUUUAGAAAACACAUAGCUUUAAGAGAAACGAUUUUUGUAAUAUUUUUUCACGUAUUAAACCAAAUUUAUAUUG